AGGUGGCAGGUCCUGUUUUACAAGGUGCAUGCAGCUCUCUCGCCUCCACCCUCAGCAGCCACAGAUAAAGAAAGUCAUGUGCUGAGGUUCACACAAAAGGUAAAGACGUUUUAGUCUAAAUAAUUUGCUGCAGUGGUUAAUUUUCCUUUACAAUGGCAUUAUAUAAGGAAGACAGCCAGGAGGACGCACAAGAGUGUCCAGUGUGCUAUGAGUGUCUGUCUGGCACUGAGAGGACUCUGAGCUGCGGACAUGUCUUCUGCCACGACUGUCUGGUUAAAACCUUGGUCAGCAUCCACAGCGUUGGGAGCACCAUCAGAGACACUAUCGUCUGCCCUAUCUGCAGACAUCUUACAUUCCUCAAGAAACAGAAAGAAGCGCUUUUGUCCCUUGCAGAGGACAAGGAUCCAGGUGAGGUUCAGACUCUGGAGGUUCCUCUACCUGCGCAGCCGAGAGAGCUCCAAGACGCACGGCGCGCCUCCACGGACAGCUCACUUGGAGAGGUUACCUGGAUCUCUCGCUGCUGUAUGGGGGUGUCUGAUCGGAUCCGUCGACAGAGGCUGAUCAGCCCCAGCCAUAACGCAUCUCAGAUCUUUAUCAUAAGCGCCCAGGGUCGACCCAUGGCUGAAGACGACGCGCUCAGUGUGGUGAUGACUGUGGUGCAACCCCAGCGCAGGAGAAGACGCAUCAGGAUUUGCACGACUGCACGAUGCCUGCUCGUUUUGCUGUCAGUGUUCACUGUAGUGGCACUGGUGGCUGCAACUUUACCCUGGAUUCUGUUGGCGUAGCCUAUAGUGAUGAUGUGGAUGAAUUAUGAAGUGCCAAUAAGGGAAUGAUGAACUGACAUUUAUAGAAAGCAUCUUCUCAUCCAUGCACGGAAUGAAGUUUAUCCACCAGCUUAUAUGCAAUGAAGUGUGUGAAGCAGUUUAUUUGUCUUACUGACCAACAUAAUCUGAUGCAUUUCAGUAAAUAAUCAAUGCACUGAAAAGUCAAUAUGUUAAAUUAUACUUUCAUGUGGAUGAAUUAUGAAGUGCCAAUAAGGGAGUGAUGAAAUUACAUUUAUAUAGAAAGCAUCUUCUCAUCCAUGGAAUGAAGUUUAUCCUAUGCAAUGAAGUGUAUGAAGCAGUUUAUUUGUCUCAACAUAAUCUGAUGCAUUUCAGUAAAUAAUCAAUGCACUGAAAAGUCAAUAUGUUAAAUUAUACUUUAGUUUGCAACAUGGUUGUCAUUUCCUUCCCUGAUUUUUUUAAGGAAAAGUCUGGGAGUUUAUAUGCAUGUCUAUGUCCUUUAUGUGCAUUACCAAGAAAAUGUACAAACCAAUAUGUUAAAUUAUACUUUAGUUUGCAACAUGGUUGUCAUUUCCUUCCCUGAUUUUUUAAGGAAAAGUCUGUGAGCUUAUAGGCAUGUUGUCUAUGUCCUUUAUGUGCAUUACCAGGCAACAGUCUGAACUAUAGUAAAGGUUAAAGCGUUGACAGCUCUUUUGUUUUGCAUUCCUCUCUGUGACAUGUUCUACCUGUUUUUAUGAGAAUGAAACAGAAGCAAGAGAUCUUAACAAUUUCAAAGCACUCCCAAAAGCUUGUUAAUCCAACAAGAGUGGGACAUCUUGAAUUAAUUUCAACAAUUAAAAAAAGGGUUUGGCAGAAAGAUAUGCAAUAAAAACCAUUUAACCCUAUAA